AUAAAUUCAGGGGCCAAUUUGAACCUUAUGCCGUAGGCGAAGCACAGUGUUGGCUUGAGCAAAAAGACUGCUGGAAAAUGAAAACAGAGAUCGCGAAACAAAGUUUUUUUUUUUUUUUUUAAUCAUAGCGAAACAAAUUAUUCAGUUUAAUCAUAAUACCAACUUCCACUGAAAAAUCGCACCACCGCCGCCGCCGCCGCCGCCACCACCUACCCACUCCUCCUCCUCCUCCUCCCUAAAUUCCAAUCUGCAAAACCCUAAAAAUUCCUCAAAGAAAGAAAAUCAUUCGAAUGGAUGAAUCAUUCUUACUUAUGCUAUCAAAUCUCCUCCAUCUCCAGAACACAUUAGACCCAACAUUAACAACAAUCCUCUCGUCUUCCUCAUCUUCAUCCUCCGUCACCUCUCCAUCGCCAUCUUCCCUCCUCUCCUCAUCCUCCUCCUCCGCCGCACCCCUCCUCUUCUUCACUCUCGCUUCCCUCCUCUCCUUCCUCGCUUCCUCCAAACCCCAAAAUCAAAUCUCCUCAAACAAAAGUAAAUCCAAAACCACCAACUUUCAUAAUGACGAUUCUACCCCUCUAACAAACUCCCCUCCUCCUCCGGAAAACGCGGCAUACUCUGUUGCCGCCUUUCGAGCCCUCUCCACUGAACACAUCUGGUCACUAGAAGCUCCUCUUCGCGACGCCCAAUGGAGAUCACUAUAUGGUCUGUCGUAUCCCGUUUUUACUACUGUUGUUGAAAAGCUUAAACCUCACAUUACUGCUUCUAACCUUUCUUUACCUUCUGAUUAUGCUGUUGCUAUGGUUCUUUCUCGCCUUGCUUUUGGCUACUCCGCCAAAGCCCUUGCUUCUCGCUACUCUCUUGAGCCUUAUUUGGUUUCCAAGAUUACUAAUAUGGUUACUCGUUUGUUGGCUACUAAACUUUACCCUGAGUUUAUUAAAAUUCCUGUUAGUAGGCGGAGGUUAAUUGAGACUACUCAAGCUUUUGAAGAACUUACUUCUUUGCCUAAUAUAUGCGGUGCAAUUGAUGGUAGCCCUAUUAAGAUUCGUAGAGAAAAUGGAGCCAAUUUAUAUCAGUGCAAAUACGGGUUUCCCUCAGUUUUACUGCAGGUUGUGGCUGAUCACAAGAAGGUCUUUUGGGAUGUCUGUGUGAAGGCAUCUGGUGGCACUGAUGAUGCUACACAUUUUAGGGAUAGCUUGUUGUACAAUAGACUUGUUUCUGCCGAUCUUGUGUGGGAGAAGGUGAUUAACGUUCGGGGUCAUCAUGUUAGGCCUUAUGUAGUUGGGGAUUGGUGUUAUCCUUUGUUGUCGUUUUUGAUGACACCCUUUUCGCCCAAUGGGUCUGGGACACCUGCGCAGAAUUUGUUUGAUGGGAUGUUGAUGAAAGGGAGGUCUGCUGUUGUGGAGGCUAUUGGGUUAUUGAAAGGGCGGUGGAAGAUCUUGCAGGAUUUGGAUGUGGGUCUUAAUCAUGCACCGCAGACGAUUGUUGCGUGUUGUGUGUUGCAUAAUUUGUGCCAGGUUGCUAGGGAGCCUGAGCCUGAGAUUUGGAAGGAACCAGAUGAAAGUGGAUCGCCAGCAAGAGUGCUUGAGAAUGAGAAGUCGUUUCAUUAUUUUGGGGAUAGCUUGAGGCAAGCAUUGGCUGAUGAUUUGCAUCAAAGGCUGUCGUCGAGAUAGAUAUAUGCAUUAGGAAGGGAUCUAUCCUCAUUGUUUAUGUAAGGAUAAAGUUCAUAGUUAUCCUAACUUCCUUAGCUGAUUUGUGGGCUUUCUUUCCAUUGUUUGUUGACUACAUUUUAGAAAUAUAGAUUUGUGGACUACUAAAGUUCAUAUAUAAUCAUUUUUCCGUAGUUGAUGAGGCACACUAACUUGGCAUGUACUUUUCUAAUCAGAUAGAAUGAUGAGUUGAAUUUCAUCAAUGCUGAAUUGCUAUAAA